AUGCCCGCCCGCCGCGCGGUGUCCGGCAGCCUACGCGGCAUCUCCGUCAGCCAGGCGGGGCAGCCGGAAGUAGCAGCUCGCCGUGUCAGCAGCCUCAACGACGGCGAGGCGCUGCUGGGCUUCUCCAGCGGCCUCUGCAGCGGCCGCUGCUUCCUCUACUGGCUGAUCUUCCUCUCGUGCCUGGGCGGUCUGCUCUUCGGGUACGACACCGGCGUCAUCUCGGGCGCCUCCCUCCUCCUCAAGGAGCGCUUUCGCCUCGGCGCCGUCGAGCUGGAGGCGGUCGUCUCGUCGACCAUCCUCUUUGCCGCGCUCGGCUCGCUCGCCUCGGGCCCGAUAAAUAUGCGGCUGGGGCGGCGCCCGACCAUCCUCCUCGGCUCGGCCACCUUCACCCUCGGCGCCCUCCUCAUGGCCGCCUCCGCCUCGUUUGGCACGCUCGUCCUCGGCCGGGUCAUCGUGGCCGUCGGCCUCUCCUCGGGGACGGUGCCGAUGUUCAUCGCCGAGGUUGCGCCGACCGCGAUGCGCGGCAAGCUCGUCGCGCUCAACAACGUGUGCAUUGUUAGCGGGCAGGUCCUCGCGGGCCUCGUCGACGGCUCCUUCGCCCUCGUGCCGGCGGGCUGGCGGUACAUGCUCGGUCUGGCGGCCGUGCCCGCGGUUGUGCAGCUGGUGGGGAUGGCCUUUAUGCCAGAGUCGCCGCGCUGGCUGCUCGAGCAGGCGCCGAGACGAGCCGUGACGAGCCGAGAUUCGCCGAGAUUCGCCGAGAUUGCUGCUCGUCGAGCAGCCGAGACGCGAGAUUGUGCCGAGACGCGAGAUUGUGCCGAGAUGUGCUCCGAGGUGCGGCCGAGGUGCGGCCGAGAGAUGGGGAGAGAAGGGUUCGGGCUGCAGGCGCUGCAGCAGCUGGUCGGGAUCAACACGAUCAUGUACUACUCGACGCCGAUCCUGAGGCAGGCCUUCUUCUCGGGCGCGGUCAGCGAGGAGGAGCGCGCGUUCGUCGCGUGCGGGCAGCUCGUCGGCUGCAUCGUCGGCAUGCUGCUCAUCGACCGCGUCGGGCGGAGGCCGCUCGUCCUCUCGUCGCUCGCCCUCUGCGCCCUCUCCCUCGCCCUGCAGGGUGGGCAGAGACGCCCUCGCCGCACGCAACGCAGCCCCGCGGCGCCAACUUUUGGGUGGACCACACCUAUUGCGGCGGCGAGCUCGGGGGCGGCGCAGACGACGACGCGCAUGUCGCCCAUCCCGUGGACCGUCAACUCGGAGAUCUACCCGCUCUCGGUGCGCUCGCUCUGCGUGGGAAUCGCGACCGCGACCAACUGGACGGUCAACUUUGUCGUCGCCGCCUCCUUCCUCUCGCUCGAGCAGGCGAUGGGCGCCGCGGCGACCUUUUGGAUGUACGGCGCCUUUGCGGCGGCCGGCCUGGUGUGGCUCUGGUUCGCGCUGCCCGAGACGGCGAACAAGUCGCUCGAGGAGAUUGAGAAGCUCUUCGAGCGGCGCUCGUAG